GGGAAAUAAUAGAAAAAAUGCAAUGGUUUAAUUAAUAUUAACAUUUUUCAAUUUUUUUUUUUUUUAUCUGCUUAGGAUCUAUUUAAAUAUUGUUCUAUAAUAAUUAGUAACAUUUUUUUAUAAUUAAAAAUAUAAAAUAAUAAUUAAAUUAAAGCAUUAUAAAAACAUUUUCUUCUUAAAUUGUUAAAAAACAAAAUUUUACGAAAAAAGAAAAAAAUAACAAUUUAAUUAAAUUAAUUUGUUGAGAAUAAUCCAUUCGAGCUACUAAAUUUUCCUAUAAUACUUUGUAUCAUUCAAACUAUUUUUAAUUUUAUUCAACAUGGCAGAACAAACUAGCAAAUUUUCCUUUUUCUCAAAAAUUGUCGCUUGCUCCCUUUUAGUACUUUCCUCUACCUUUGUUGAAUCAUGGGAUAGCGCAGCAUGCCAAGAAAAUGCCGUCAGAACCAGCAGAUUGUUAACAGCCCAACACACCCUAAUAGGAAACUCAAGAACAGGCCAAUACAAAUUUUUAAAAAAUAAAGUCAUUGACUUGUUAGACGAUGAAUAUGAUGAUGAAGCUUUUGGACAAACCUUAAACGAGUUAGUACAGGAUCAAGCAUUCAGAAACACUUAUAGAAACAUUAUCCAAGAUGAGAAGUUCCAAAAAAGGAGCUACCGCGAUUUAGAUGCAUCCUUUGAUGACAUGAGAGAGAUCUAUGAAAUCAAAAAAGGAGUACAGAAAAAAUCAGAAAAAACUGAUGAUUCCUUAGACAUGGACUGUUUCUAUGAUGAUGAAGCUUCUUCAAGCACAUCAGCAUCCUCUAUGGCAUUAGAAAAAUAUGAGAAGCCCAGAAAAUCUCGCAAAUCUGCAAGAUCUGAAAGAAAAAAAAGAAGAUCAACUAGAGCCAAAAAAUACGACUACAAACAUGAAGAAAACUUCGAAACUCUUAAAGAUAUGGUUAUAAAAGCUUCUGCAGAAGAAGAACCAUCUGAGGGUGGAAUGAUGGGAGCUUUAAAAAAAUUCGACAAACAAUUCGAAGUCGAAUUGUUACGUUCAGUGAAAGAUAAAGCUCUUUCUGACUAUGAUGAAUGCAAAUUUAAAGCCGGAAAAGGAAAAUACCAACACGUUAUGAACAAAUUUAGAGUGUACUUACCACCAACCAUAAACAUGGCUAUUUUAAUGAUAAUGUUGGUAUUUCAGUCAACCUUAUUUAACGCGCAUAUCUUUGCCUUUUUUUCGCUCACCUUCUUUGCAAUGAUUGCUUACUAUGGAAAAAAAUUUGCACAACUUCACAAAAUGAAGAAAUUUUACAAAGGCUUUGACAGAAGAGGAAGUUUCAGAAAACCAAUUAAAUACUAAAGGAUUGAUUCUUAGGGGUUAUCCAAAGAUUUUUAAUAUGGGUUUUUAAAUGCGCAGAAAAAUGUGGAUAUUUUUUAAUUUAAAAAUAUAUACAAAAAAAAAACAAAGCAUAUUUGAUGAAAUGAAUUUUUUUUUUUUUUAAUAAUUUUUAUUUAAAAUUAUUUUUUUUUUUAUUUGUAAUUUUAAAAAACAUGAUUAACAAUAUAAUUUUAUUUUUUUUGCUAAUGCAUAAUGGUAAGAUAAUUUAUAUUUUUUAACUGUUUAUUUGAUGAACAGUUAGUUAAAUGUAAUGCCACUACCUACUACAACUACUAAUAAUAACAAUAAUAUGAAAUG